UUUUGCAUUUUUUUCCCCGAAUCCAAAUUUCGUAGCCAUCCCUUGAUAAGAUCGUAUCUACUUAUUCAGAUAUCCGAAUCACUUCAGACUCAGUUGCUCGUUCAACUCCACUCAACAGUCAACACAACCCACUUUCACAAACUCAUCUCUUCUCUAGGAUAGGAGUUCAUCUCAGUACUCUUCCUCCUCUCAAAUCUACAAAGAAGAAUAUCUCUGAUAGAAGAGAUAGAAUGAGUUCAGUCGAUACCUCUUUAAGCCCCAGAGUGAAUUCUAUAAAGCCAUCAAGGUCUGUGACUGUAGCUGAUCAGGCCUCGGCUCUUAUUCAAGCUGGUGUUCCCAUUAUUAAAUUAUCAACUGGAGAACCUGAUUUCAAUACACCAGCUGCAAUUGCUGAGGCCGGGAUUAAGGCUAUUCGUGAAGGUCAAACAAGGUAUACUCAGAAUGCUGGAAUUUUAGAGCUCCGUCAAGCUAUAUGUCGUAAGCUUAAAGAGGAGAAUGAAAUUUCUUACACACCUGAUCAGAUUGUAGUUAGCAACGGUGCGAAGCAGAGUAUUGUUCAAGCAGUACUUGCAGUAUGUUCUCCUGGAGAUGAGGUUUUAAUCCCAGCUCCAUUUUGGGUGAGUUACCCAGAAAUAGCAAGGUUGGCUGAUGCAGCACCUGUGAUUCUUUCAACUAGGAUAGAGGAUAAUUUUCUUCUAGAUCCAAAGGUUCUUGAAUCCAAACUCACUGAAAAGUCAAGACUCUUAAUUCUUUGUUCUCCUUGUAACCCAACUGGAUCUGUUUACCCCAAGAAGUUGCUUGAAGAGAUUGCUCAAAUUGUAGCAAAGCAUCCAAGGCUUUUGGUUCUUUCAGAUGAAAUAUAUGAACACAUCAUGUAUGCGCCAGCAACUCAUACAAGCUUUGCAUCUUUGCCAGAUAUGUGGGAGAGGACACUUACAAUCAACGGGUUUUCUAAGUGCUUUGCAAUGACUGGCUGGCGGCUUGGGUAUCUUGCUGGGCCUUCACACUUUGUUGCAGCAUGUGGAAAAUUGCAGAGUCAGUUCACAUCAAGUGCCAGUAAUAUAUCCCAAAAAGCAGCUGUUGCUGCCUUAGGACUGGGUCAUGCUGGUGGCGAAGCAGUUGCUACCAUGGUAAAAGCAUUUAGGGAGAGACGUGAUUUCUUGGUCCGAAGCUUUGGUGAGCUGGAGGGUGUGAAAAUGUUGGAACCACAGGGAGCUUUCUAUCUCUUCCUUGAUUUUAGCUUCUACUAUGGAUCAGAGGUUGAAGAAUUUGGAAAAAUAGAUGACUCAGAGUCUUUUUGCGGGUACCUGCUUGAAAAGGCUCAGGUUGCGACAGUCCCAGGGAGUGCAUUCGGAGAAGACAAAGGCCUUCGCAUCUCCUAUUCCUCAUCUCUUGACACUCUAAAGGCAGCCUUUGAAAGCAUUAAGAAAUCACUUCUUCUUCUUAAGCGUCCGGCCUAAAUAUUACAUCGGCGGAUGAUAUUGAAACAGGUUCUUGUCAAAGCUGAAAUAGUAAUGUCGUGACUAGUGAGGUUUGGUAUUGGUAUGGAGUGAUUGAGUGGCUUUUGAUGAAUAAGAAUAAAUCCGAGUUAUUAACUCAUGAUUCUGUGUUUUUCUUUUAAUAGAUAAGAAUAAAUCAACGUGGUCAUUUAUAAUAAUAAGAUAAGAAUAAAUCAA